UGUCGUGUAGGUUUUAAGACGCUGGAUGUAUAUGUUGGAGCAGCAGGGAUGAGUUGUGUCUGAAUGUUGCGACAUGCUGCAAGCAGCCUCCUUCGCACUCGUCUCUCAGAGAAGGCAGCCCUCCCUCUCCUCACCCUCUCACAUCAAUUCCUUGUGAGUGUUAGAUGAUCCGAUGUGUUUACAUGUAGAAGCGAGGAGGAUUUGCUCGUCAGUUUAUUCUUGCCUUGGGUCCAACGCUAACAGACGUGCAUAAAUCAUCCCUUACUGAAGGUUCUUACGCUUUAAUUGAGAGGUUUUGUUCAUUUUUAAGGCCGCAGCUCACGGCUCUGUUGGCUUAAAAACAGGAAUACCACUCGAUAGUGAACUGAGCUGAACUACAUCCUCCUAAAUAUUCAUAAAGUUGUCGGAAAACUGUUAAAAAUCUGAUUACAGUAUCCGAGAUACCCGGAUAUCGAGUCAACUGUCAUGUAACGCAAACAAAAGCAGCAAAUCUUUACAAUUCAAAGUGUGGAAACCCCAGGUGUGCUUGUAAGGAGAAGGUGGAUUCUAAUAUCAGAAUUGCUGCAUAUGAAUUUUUAAUCAGUCGACUGAGACUGUGGUAUGAAUUAUUCUCCUCCUGUUUCUCAGCUCCCGCGAAAGGCUUUUUGAAUCUGACACUAAACUGACCAGAGGGAAUCGUUUUCACAUUUGCUGGAUACGCGCGCAGACGCCGCUGCAGCUACAGAAGUCUAUAAAUCUCCUUGUGUGUUCAUCUGUGUUUGUGACUGUACGCCAGUGUUACAUAAGUCAGCAGUACAGGCUUCAUGCUGCAUUGAGAAUAUAACAGAAUCAAAUCCCCUCCUCUCUGAGAGAGGUGCCUCCGUGUGUGUGUGUGUGUGUGUGUGUGUGUGUGUGUGUGUGUGUGUGUGUGAAUGCAAUGCAACGAUACUUACAUAUCUGAGCAGACGGACAGGAAGACAUAAGCUGCUUAAACCUCCACCGACUCAGGGCACGUGCAAUUUCUAGAUUCCUCAAGAGAAAGAGAGGGAAGCUGUCAUCAAUAAUUUUUGCUGUCAGUAAAUAUGAGGAGAUGUGAGUUACUGAGCAUCAGCCACUUUCAGAGGGUUUCUUUUCCCCACUUGCACAGCGGAUUGACUUAAGAGGACUUAAUGAAAAGGGGGAAGCACGACCACAAAGGGAGACGUGUCUUCCAGCCUCCGGCACGAGGACGAAUUUUUAACCUUCGCCUGCAUUUCACAUUCAGCGGUUCGUCAUUAGAAACAGCCGGGAUGUGUCACCAGCUUGGUUUUACGUGCAACAUUCACACCACAUACGUGCUGCCGUUAAACCAGUUAAUAAGCCAAAUGAUAUUUUCUGACAUUUAAAAAAAAAAAGACACACAAGAUCCUCCCGGUUACCAGAUUCCCCUUUGUACCCGUGUAAAAUCUUUGCAGCUGAAACAAAGGGCUUCACUUGUUCAGUGAUAUGCAGCUUUUCGGCAGCUGUGAUUCGCGCCAGAUAAAUAACAGGUGCAUUCCUGACUAAUCCAAUCCCAGCUUCCGGUCCCUCCAGCAGCCCUCGCCGUCCAGUCAAUGGAAGACACAUCCUGCUCAAAAUGAAAGGACUAAUAUUCUGUGUUUUUGCCAUCUUGGUGCUCACACCUGUUCAAGGUGAGGAAGAGGAACAGCAGGAGCAGCCCAUGGAGUCGGUGGGAUUUGAAGAAGAUGAGGAGUAUCUGGAGUGCUUCCGCUGUGAUCUGGGUUUCUGGGAUGCCUGCUACACGACUGAAACGAACUGCAGCCUGGGGGAGCGCUGCUACACGGGCCGGGGGAAGGCAGCUGAUGCCCUGGAUAUAAAGAUGCUGGGUUGUGUAAAGGCAGAGGAGUGCGAUGUGGAGACCACGGUGGAACUCCUCAUGAACAAAACCAUCUUCACCAUGACCAAACACUGCUGCGACACCCCUUUCUGUAACUCAGCACACAAACUUCCAGUCUACACACUUUUGUAUCUGAGUACAGCUUUGUUAACAGCCUGGCACUUCACUGGAGCCUCAGUACGAUUAUAACAAACAGGAAUUUAUCCAGUGUUGUCCAAAAAAGGUCUGUUGAAGUAAUGCUGGAAGGAUGUCCUUUUUGUAUUAUUUACUAAGGAGACACUAGAUACAUUUGGAAUACAUUUAUUAACUAACACAUUAAAACCAUUAUAUUUUGUGUUACAUUUCAUGUUUUGUGUUUAACCACAGGAAAUAGCUUUUUUUUGCUACCAGAUUUGCAACACAUGUAGGAUAAUAAAUGUUACAGCAACCGUGU